CUAGACAUGUAGACUGCUUCUACAAACAUUUGUGAAAGAAUGGAUCACUCUCAGGAGCUCAGUGAAUUCAAGCAUGGUACCAUGAUAGGUUGCCACCUGUGCAAAAAGUCCAUCCUUGAAAUUUCCUUGCUACUAAAUAUUCCACAGUUAACUGUUAGUGGUAUUUUAACAAAGUGGAAGCAACUGGGAACAACAGCCAUGAAAUGAGCGCCACCACUGGACUCUAGAGUAGUGGAGACGUGUUCUCUGGAGUGAUGAUUCACAAUUCUCUGGCAAUCCGAUAGACAUGUCUGGGGUUGGCGGUUGCCAGGAGAACAGUACUUGCCUGACUGCAUUGUGCCAAGUGUAA